AUGCAGAAUCAUUCACAUCCACAUUCAAAUUCAAACUCAAACUCAAACUCAAAUUCAAACACACGACUUCCUCCAAUAUCAUCCUUUGACAAUCUAAUCAAAGCCGCUGAAAGGAAAUACAAUCAACCAGAUCGCACCGUUUCCGGGUCUAGUUCCAACAACAACAAUUAUAGCGCUACUAUUUCCAACUCACUCAACCCAUUAUAUAAAAGACCUCAUUACUCCCANAUUCAAGGAACUAGUAAUAAUUCAUUAUUAAGUUAUAGACUAGUCACCUCGGUACAAAAUAGUAGUAGUGAUGAAAAUAUCUCCCAAUCUCAACCAAGUUCCAAGAAUAUUUCAGAUGUUGAAUCAGAGGAUGUUGAAUCGGAUACAGUCAUGAAUCUUAAGAAUAAAAAUAAACCUAUUCCAACUUCUAUUACCACUGUUGCUGCCUCCGCAAGCGAUGAUAUCAGUAAUUAUGAUACUGAAUUACAAAACCUUUCAUCCAGAAAUGAUGACGAAUAUGAACAUAUCGUAAAGAUAAACAAUCAUCAUCAUGAUCAUUCUAAUCCUAAUCAGGAUACUGAAGAUUAUGAUGAAGAAACACAUGAUGAUGACAAUAACGUUGUCAAAAACAUGACCACCGACAUUAAUUAUAGAGACGUUGUUUUGGAAGAUGACGACGAUGACGAUGACGAUAUAUACGCCCCUACAAACUCUAGUAGUACACACAACCCUGAGAGGAUACUGACAAUUAGACCCAAGCCCACAAUCCCUCAUAAUAAUAAUAAUUAUGAUAAUAUUAUAAGAGUAGCAAAACCAAGAAGGAAAAAGCAAUGCCCCAUCUGUGGUAAAGUGUUUGCUAAUUUAACCACACAUAAGGCAACACAUUUAACUGAAGAAGAUCGUCCACAUAGAUGCCCCAUUUGUAAACGUGGGUUUGGAAGAAAUAAUGAUUUGAUAAGGCAUAAGAAAAAACAUUGGAAUGAUGGGUUAUUGAUAACGCCACCAACUUCUACAGCUACAACGACAGGAACAGCAGCAUCACCAUCAAUAAAUACACCAAAUAAUAAUACAAGCGGUAAUAAUACUACUGCGUCAACAUCAUUCACAACUUACAAUGAAAAUUAUGAACGAAAAGAACAGGUAACAAAUGAAGAACAUUUAAAAGCAUUACAUCAAAUGAAGGGAACUUUUGAAUGUCCUUAUAACGCAACAUUAAUUCAAUUAGAUAUGGAAUUAUACCCUUAUAAACAACAAUUAAUCAAUUUUGAAGCCAUUCAUUGUCAUAAAUCUGGUAUAUUUUCAAGACGUGAUACUUUUAAAAAUCAUUUAAAGGCAUUACAUUUCUUAUACCCACCUGGUACAAAGAAAAAUGAAAGAAAUAAAGUUCCGGGGACUUGUAAACAUUGUGGAAUGAAAUUUGAUAACGUAGAUAUUUGGUUAUCUGAACAUGUUGGGAAGACUUGUGGAUAUAAAUAUAACUAG